CACUACCCACUUACGGAGACCUGCGGUCUGUAGUAAUCGAUAGCGUUGCUAUCUAUAGUAAAACUAUCAGUAGUUGACUUAAAAAAUUAUCUAUCCUAUCGAUAUUAACUUCAACCAAUAUUAUCAAUACAAUCGCUUGUUUUGAUUUAUCAAUAGUAGCUACACUAACGAUAGUAUCGAUAGCUAGUUGCAAUGGUAUCGAUACUAUCGCCUCUAUCGAUUCUAUUGAUACUAUCGAUAGUCCUGUCGCUUUAAUGCUAUUAUUUGUCAAAUUAUUUAAUAACUGUAUAGGAAAAAGAACUGUUAAUUUCUUCUAAAUUGGUCCUCUAAACAUUGUUACAAAUAACAGAGAAUAGAAUCACUACAUUUAUCCCUUUUCUUCUCAUUAAUUGACUUUUGGAUUGGAAAAAAUAAAUAAGUUUAUAUAUGUUGUUGAAGUAAUUUAGUUAAAUAACUAUUUACGCCUACAAGUAAUAAAAAUGUGUGAAGAAAAUGAAGAUGACUAUAAGUUCGCAGCAUGCACAUACUUUGCAAGGAACCAUCCAGGGGAAUCCUGUGGGAGCAAUGGCCUGCCUCUCACACCGAGUUCCGUCACCAUAUUAGGCCGGGCACAACGUCUUCUUACUAUUGAACACCCCAAUCUGUGUACAUAUUUGGAUGUUAUUCGUGGGAAACAUGAAAGAAUUAUUGUUGUGGCAGAAGUACUAGGGAGAUCACUGAAAGAAGCAAACAGAAAGUUUUCCCACCAAGAGAUCAUCAACAUUGGAUGUCAAAUAGCUAAUGGCCUAAAGUUUCUACAUGACCAGGAAAUAACCCACAGAACCCUGGCCGAUGAUAACAUUCUCAUAGAUGGAAAUGGGAGAGUCAAGUUGUUCAAUUAUGGCAUGUUCUAUAUGACUGGAGGGGGAGAUGAGGUGUCUUUUCCUCUUGGACUUCCAAGAUACUUAAGUCCAGAAACAAUUUUAAACGGAGGUGGGCCUUCUGCUGAUGUAUGGACUUUUGGUAUAAUACUUUUGGAGUUGUGUAUUGGUAAACUAUGGAACAAUCUAAAGCCUGGCCCUAUGUUACGGAGAAUACUAACACUGGUCCAUGCCGGCAAUCCUGCUGAGAGGAUUGCAAGAGAACAUGACUGUCUUGAAACUUACAAGCAAGUACCCGAAAACCUAAGAAAUAUAAUAGAGAAAUGUUUAAAAAUUUUCCCAAGCGAGAGGGCAUCAUUUACAGAGUUAGUUGAAGAGUUAACUCUAAUGGACACCAAAAAAAUGCCUGACACGAAACGGCUUAGAGGUUUGAUGGGCUGCAAGUUGCAGAAUCUAUAUUAUUGGUGGCAACUGGCUGGUGGCGAUAUACAAGCAGAAUUAAAAAGAAAUUGUUUGAUUAAGAAUAGCCCGCCAAUAUUGUCUAUGCCUAUAGCAAUACUUCUAGAUGGCUGUACGAUAGGUGGCAAAAAAGGACAGUUAUAUGAUCGCAGGAUAGCCAAAUACAGUAUAGAUUUGCUUAAAAUCCGUCUGAAUCACAUACCGCCACAAGAUUUCUAUCCUUUAAUGCAUGAACGGAAGAAAGAAUAUGAUGCGGUUACUCUGCCUAAGAUAAUCAGGGAAAAGGAUACGGAGUACCAGUUUUAUAGGCUUCUGUGGUUUCAGAGAUUGUUGCACGGUUACCCGUACACGGCACAUUACAUCCGGGCCGAAGCAGCGGUAGACAUUCCACCUCUAGUUCGCGGCGACGUGUGGGCGGCGUUGCUUGGAGUGGUCGGCGAUAUAGAGGCGCAAUACGAGAGGAUUGAUAAAGAGACGCCCACCCCCACUGAUAGACAGAUAGACGUAGACAUUCCCCGAUGCCAUCAGUACUGCUGGUUGCUGAGCGGGUCGGCUGGCCAUCGCGCGCUAAAGCGGUUGUUGAAGGCGUGGUUACUGACCAAUCCGCAGUAUGUGUAUUGGCAAGGAUUGGACUCGCUCACUGCCCCUUUUCUGUAUCUCAAUUUUUGUAAUGAAGCUCGAGCGUUUGCGUGUCUCUCCGCUUUUGUCCCAAAAUUCCUUCACAAGUUCUUUCUGAAGGACAACAGUGCCGUCAUCAAAGAAUACCUGGCUAAGUUCUGGCAAAUGACCGCCUUCCACGAACCAGAACUAGCAACGCAUCUACACGAAAUCAAUUUCGUACCAGAACUUUUCGCUAUACCGUGGUUCUUGACUAUGUUUUCACACGUUUUCCCCCUCCAUAAAAUCGUUCACCUAUGGGACGCGUUACUAGUUGAAGGACAGUCAUUACCGCUGUUCAUGGGAGUGGGGAUACUAAGGCAGUUACGCGACACACUGCUCGAGUCUGGAUUUAACGAAUGUAUUUUAUUGUUCUCUGAUUUGCCCGAGAUUGAUAUUGGAGAAUGCGUCAAGGAAUCUAUUGAAAUGUGUCGAAGUUCGCCAAGGAGUAUCAGCUAUCGGAGAUUUACCAAAGAAGCGGAGACAAAAGAUCCCAUGGACGUUGUAGAAAUACCGAUGGAGGUUUUGUUUGCGGAGAUCAGCCCAAGAAUCAGUCUAUCAGACUUCUUCUCAUUGAUAUGCCAAGAGAAGUGCUGUGUUAUUGACAUAAGGUCUAAUUUGCUAUAUGAAAAAAGCUGCAUAGACGGCAGUAUAAACAUCCCGUACAGCGGCGUUCACCUCGGGCAGCACGAGCUGAGAGCCCUAGGGCUCCAACCGCAGAGGGUGCUUCAAGACGCCAUGAGGAUGAAGAAGGUCAUUGUUGUCGCUUCGGCUGAGGACGAAACUGCGCAACUGUUCAGCGACUAUCUGGUGAAAUGUGGUGUCCCAAGAGUGUGUAUACUGCACGGAGGUAUCGCUACAUUGAACGCCCACAUACCUUCGCUGUUCACGGUCCCACCGCCGCCGCCUAAAAAGAACGGGAGUAAAUGAAAAUUGAAGACUGUCUAUUUCAUUGUACCUAUAAGAAGUUUACUCAAUCUCAACAUAUUGUGGUAUAUCUUCAUUGUUCAUGAAGCCCACAGCUGCCGCCCAAAAAUAACGGCAGUAAAUGAAAAUUGAAGAGUGUAUAGCUGAAUGUAUAAGAAAUUUUCUCAGUCUUAAUAUAUUCUGACAGCUUUUAAUGUCUUUAUUUGUUCACGGUGACGCCGCCGCCGAAAAAAAACGUUCAAGAGGUUUUCUCAAUCAUGAUAUAUUGUGAGUCUUAUAACUAUGUCUAAUGUCCAUGUGACGAAAGGCCAAUGAGUCUUUGAUUGUUGAUCAAGCAUAAUUUGGAGGCUCUGGGAUAUAGAAAUCCGAGUAAUAUAAAACUACAGAAGUGAUUAGUACUGGCGAAUGUCACGUCGCAAAUAAUGGUUGUACCAAAAGGUAUUUUUUUCUUGCAUCAGGGCCAGUUUUAAGAACAAUAUUGUAUUUCUAUUGUCUUGUUUUGUUCCGAUGUCUAUGGUCUAACUAAAGCAAAGCCUUCAUUUUAUAUUGUCUUUUAAUUUGUACUCCAUUGAAAAACUUUACAACAAUUAUGAUAAAUCAGUUCAGCGAGAGAAGUUUCCAUGCGAAAAUCUUAAUUAUUCGUAUAUAAAAUAUAGAUUAUUUACGAAUGAACAGUCUAAGGAACCUGCAUAUUUCGGUGAAUCCAAAAAUUUAUAUAAUCCUAUUUUAUUUUAAUUAUUUGCUUUAUUUCGUAUUUAAAUAUGAUUUACUAAAAUAUUUUUAUUAUGUUAUGUUUAUUCCAUUAGUAUUGAAUAUACAUAUAACUUUAAGAAAGAAUACUAAAGUUUAUAGAUAUUUUAUAGAUAAGUCUAAAGGCCGUUUGUAUAU